AUGCGUCUGAAUAAGCGAAAAUUACCCCCUAUUGUUCGUGACACUUCUUCGGCACGAUAUUCAUCUUUUGCAGUGAAAAAUGGAGACAAAAGACUCACAAUAUAUAGGUGCAAGAGCAAAAAGAAUGUCGUAAUUCUGAGCACGAUGCACAGUAAUGUGUUUUUUGACAACAGCAUAAAGAAAAAACCGAACACUGUCACUUACUACAACAGUACAAAAUGUGGCGUUGAUGUCGCAGAUCAGAUGCUGAAGAAAUAUAAUACAAGUAGUGGAAGUCGCAGAUGGCCUGUACAUGUUUUUUACAACGUCCUUGACAUUGCUGCACUGAAUGCUUGGUUUAUAUAUUCAAAGAAUCCUUGA